UUCAUACUACCCUCAACCAAGAUGGCGGUAUAGCAACUAUGUCAACAACGUCUUGACAGACCUGCCACAGCGAGAAAAAUAACGCAAACUACUUUUUAAUUUCACACUAACAGGUUCUUUCCGUGUGACUUGGUACAGUCAUGGGGAGUGCAAAGCAACAAACUGCCAUGUCCAGAAUAAUGAAUCUCCUGCAAGAAUGGGACAAGGGAUCCAAAUCUGUCCGAAAGAAAAUACUUCAAGAUUUUAUCCGGCAGAAUCAAAGUAAAACUGGACCGGAAUUAGAACAAGAAUUUGCACAAGCAGCUAGUCUGUUUCUUACAAGACUUACAGCAUGGCUACGUCUAACAUACAUGAUUGGGACAUGUCUUCAUGAACAGCUGUGUGCAGUGUCAAUAUUCCUGUCUGCAUCUAGUGGGCACAAGUUCAUGGCAGAGUUUCUGGAAGUUGGAGGUGUUCUGACCCUGCUCGAGGUCAUUGGACUGAAACAAGCUCAGGAGGCAGACAAAGCGCAGGCUAUCAAGUGUAUACAACACAUUGCAAAUGCUGGACGCAAAUACAAGGAGCUUGUGUGCGAGAGCUAUGGCAUCCGGGCUGUGGCUGAGUGCCUGGCCAAGUCUAAGAGUGAGGAGACCCAGGAUGCCUGCCGGAACUUGCUGCUGAUGCUGGGUCAGGGCAACCCCAAGUUUGAGAUGCAGGUGUACAAGGGGCUGAUUGCUCUGCUGCCGUGUAGCUCCCCUAAAGCCCAGCAGAUGGCAGCACACUCACUCCGAGUUGUACAGGCGACUGUGAGGCAGGCAAAUGUCAGCGUGGUGGAGCCGUUACUGAACCUGCUGAAGACUCUCCACCUGGAGGUGCAGUUUGAAGCUAUCGAGCUGAUCAAGGAGCUGAUGGACUACGAUGUGUCUACCAGUCUACUGAAGGGUCUGGUGGCGCUCCUCCGACCAGCCAAGGAGGACAGCCUGCCCAGGCCAGAGAUCCUCGAAGAUCCUGAUGUUCCGAAGAUAAGUGCCCCUCUACCUGUGUAUGUGCAGCAAGCAGCGGCAGCUAAAACUAUUGGCAUCCUAGCAAGAGACAGAAAUGAACUUGCAGAAAAACUAAUUCAGACCCGUGUGGUGCACAACCUGAUGUUUGCUAUGGGCAACCAGGACUACGCUGACAGCCAGAGACAAGCAAGCAUCACGCUCGAGUAUUUCUGUAGGACGUUCCCUAUCGUUGACGACCAUGUUCGAGACGCCAUGGGAGAAGCCUUGUAUGAUUUGUUUAUGGCAAACCCUGAGACCCUGUAUGUCAACAUGAACCACAUCCAGGCGGAUGUCCUCAUCUCCAACAAAGUCAACAUUCCUAAAUAUGAAGUGGUGGAGACAGUGGACUGAGGGGACAAGUAUCGUUCAGCAUCAUCUUCAGCAUCUUCAUCUUCUGGCUGCGCAGCUUAGCAUGGAGACAUUGAUUGUGAUACACUGUACACGCAAGCUUUACCAUGUUGAGAGGCUGAUACUGAAUGCCAUAAAGAUGUUUGUAUUGUGAAAAAUGUAUAUAGACUUUACAAUGAAAUAUAACCAAUGCCA